UUAUUCUGAAGACAGCGUUUCCUGUGCUGUAGAAGGACACGAGGGUUUACCCUCUCCUUCAGUGUGUGUUUAUGGUGAUUCAUGCAACAGAGUGACGUACACUGACAGAAGCAUCUGUGCCUUUAAAGGAUCAUCAGUGGACAUUUCCUGCUCGUACAACAAUUAUUAUGGAUCUGUUACAUCUAAGUUCUGGUUCAAUGCUGAAUGUUAUCGUUCGAGGAGUUAUUGCAGACAACCUGUGGACCUUAGUGAAGACUCCCUGUAUGCAGGUCGUGUCCAGGUCUUUGAAACGACGACAGGACGCUCCACUCUGAGAAUCACUGACCUGAGAGAGAGUGAUUCAGCUGAGUAUCGCUUCAAAUUCAAAAUGUAUUGGUCUGAAUGGCAGAGUGGUUUACCUGGUACAACUCUGACUGUCACAGAACCACGUGUGCAGGUGCAGGUGAUCUGGUCUUCUACUGGUCCAAAACUCAUUUGUAACAGCAGCUGUCUUCUUCCUGGUCGUUCUUCCUUUGUCUGGUAUGAGAAUGGAAACAUAAUCAUGGGAGAAACAUCUCAUUCAUUAAGACGACUCUUUGAUCCUGAGGACAGUUUUUCCUGUGCUUAUGAGGGUUACCGCUCUCCUCCAGUGUAUGCUCCGAGGGUUCCCACAGUGUGGGUGAGUCCCCCUGGUGACAUUAUGAAGUACAGUUCAGUGACUCUCAACUGUAGCAGUGAUGCUAACUCCCCCACUGUGUACACCUGGUACAAAAACAACCAAUCACUGCUCAGGAAAGAACCACAGCUCGUCUUCAGCUCCAUCCAGUCCUCUGACUCUGGACAGUAUUACUGCACAGCUGAGAAUGAUCUGGGGAGGAGGACAUCUAAUUUUAUCUUCAUUAAUGUGAAAUAUGGUCCACAGACGUCCACCCUGUCAGUGAGUCCCUCUGGUGAGAUAGUGGAGGGAAGUUCAGUGACUCUGACCUGUAGCAGUGAUGCUAACCCAGCAGCUGAUUAUACCUGGUACAAGGAGAACCAAACACUGCUUCAAGGACCAGAGGACAUUUAUAAUUUCUCCUCCAUCAGAUCUGAGGACAGAGGGUUUUACCAGUGCAAGUCUGAGAAUCAGUAUGGACAGAUCAGCUCUGAACCUCUGUUCUUAGAUGUCCAGUAUGCUCCAAAGCUUCCCUCUGUGUCAGUGAGUCCCUCUGCUGAGAUAAAGGAGGGCAGCUCUGUGAAUCUGACCUGUAGCAGUGAUGCUAACCCAGCAGCUAAUUAUACCUGGUACAAGAAGGAUGAAGACUCAGCAAAAGCUUCAGGACAGAUCUUCACCAUCACCAACAUCAGAGCUGAGCACAGUGGGAGUUAUUACUGUGAAGCCCAGAACAGCAGAGGACGUCAUAGCUCCACCUUCCAUCUGACUGUUAGGGGAAGUUCAGUGACUCUGACCUGUAGCAGUGAUGCUAACCCAGCAGCUAAUUAUACCUGGUACAAGGAGAACCAAACACUGCUUCAGGGACCAGAGGACAUUUAUCAUUUCUCCUCCAUCAGCUCUGAGGACAGAGGGACCUACUACUGCAGGUCUGUGAAUCAACAUGGACGCUCAGUGUCUUCACCUCUGUUCAUAGAAGUGUAUUAUGCUCCAAAGCUUCCCUCUGUGUCAGUGAGUCCCUCUGCUGAGAUAAAGGAGGGCAGCUCAGUGAAUCUGACCUGUAGCAGUGAUGCUAACCCAGCAGCUAAUUAUACCUGGUACAAGGAGGAUGAAGACUCAGCAAAAGCUUCAGGACAGAUCUUCAUCAUCACCAACAUCAGAGCUGAGCACAGUGGGAGUUAUUACUGUGAAGCCCAGAACAGCAGAGGGCGUAAUAACUCCACCUUCCAUCUGACUGUUAGGGCAAGUUCAGUGAAAUCAGCAGCUGCUGGAUCAGUUGCUGUUAUUUUUCUGGCUCUCAUAUUCCUCUGUGCCUUCGUACUGUUUAGAAGAAAGAAGUUCUUGAAACAACCACCUGAGCCUGGAGAGGGACCAGACAACACAGCACAGCAGCAGGACGAACUCUUCUAUGCCAGCGUGAGCUUCUCUACAAACCGUCAGCCCAACAGACACAAGACAGAAGAAGAGGAGGAGGACGAGGAGGGUGUGGAAUACACUGUCGUCAAUGUGAAGAGCGCCACUGCUACGCCAGGAUUAAGACGUGGAGAGGCUGUGGAGGAUUCAUUUGCACUGUACAGCACCGUCAGCAAGAAACGCAGAGAAUCAGCGCAGCAGCAGUCUGCAGUCUGUUUAUAGGGUUUCAGCAAAAGACAUUUCUCAGGACUGAAAUGUUCAACAAUGCAGCAUAUAAACAACACAUAACACACAACACAUAAACAACAAAACAAACCUGGCUUCUCGUACUGGGGCAGCAGCAAAGAUUGUCCUUCCUCAAAAAUGUCACUAAAGAGAAAUAUUUUCCUUCUAGUGCUGGAAAAUCAUUUCCAAUGUCAUGUCAAGUACAUUUGUCUAUAUACAGUUUCUAUUUACAACAAU